ACGAAGCGUGAUGCCAUGUUUAAUGUGUUUAAAGAGUACGAUUCUUUCCAGAUUUGUUCCUUGAUCAAAAACGUUUCCUGAUGAAACGCUACUUCGACUUAGAUAGAAAUUGUGGCUCACAUCGCAGCCAACGGAAUACAUGAAGAAUAAGAAGACAAGAACAUUUGGUACUGCAGCUGACAGUUACAGAACAAUCCUGCGUUUUCAGAACUCAAACGCGGCCAUUCCGCCGCUUCGAAUAUUAUUUACCUUGUGGGUUUUAUGUUGUGGCUUCGUUACUGCUCAGAACAAUGACUCGUCGAUUAUUAGUGCAGCUAGAUCAAACUCUACAGGGUCAACUAGUGUUUCAGUGCCCGCUUCUUCUGUCUAUCCUGCGUUGGUAAAUUCAUCCUCCGACAAUGUUAAUAUCACCAGCACCGUUACAUCCCAUUCGUUACGCAACAAGACCAGCAUUCUUAACGUACUUCAUUCUUCUGGCUUUCCUAUUGUUGGUUCAACCGAGCCUAUUACACUGGCAAUUUCUUUCGUUACAACCGCGACACCUAACACGCAAAGCGGCGCGGGAAGUGUGCGUUCGUUGUUCGACGCGUCAUCGUUUUUAAUUCCCGGAUUUACCGAGCCGCUAAUACUGGCAAUGUUUUCGAGAAACCCGUCAUCUCAGGUACAGAGCCAAAGCAACUCCUCAUUGUCGUCAAGUAGCAUUAUCAGUGACUUCGUUUCGUCGGCUCAGUCGAGCUCAGUGGACUUUGGCUUCAGUGCAUAUACAGCGACGCCAUCACUUUCUGUUCAAUCAUCGUCAUAUAUCCCUCCGAAUCAAUCUACAGAUCAGCUCAAGAUGCCUAGCAGAUCUAUUAUUUUGGGAUCAAACACUUCUACUGAGGCUUUAUCAUAUUCCGAUAAUCUUUCAUACACUGCUUCAUUGGAGUCGAAAAGUUUGGUUUCAACCCAACUUGUAGCUAUUAAAACCAAACAGCUUUCUCAUGUCUCCACUGUUGCAUCGCUUGUGUCUUCUAAAAGGAUUAGUUCUGUUUUGACGUCACCGUCUGAGUAUAUCGAACCCUCGAUUUCCGUAACUACAAACAAGAGUACAUUUGCUACUCAAGACUUAAGCGUAGGUUCCACGACCAUGUUGCAGUCGACACCGUUCGCACCAGCCACAAAAACACGAUUACAAACAGAUAGCUUGACUUCGCUCCCCACUUUGACUUCCCUUCGACGGUCGCCAAGCUCUUUGAAUAAAGUCAGCACCGCUCAUUCAUUGUCGACACAAUCCGUUGGUGAAUCUUCAGCCAACCAUUCCGUGAGAGGGUCAAAUUCUGUUUCAGGUAACAAUUCAUUCGUGGACAGAACUACAACGUCGUCCGAAUUUAAAACCGAGACACCCUUCCUUUCGUCUUCUGGUGACAGGACUGACUUACCAUCAUUGCUUCAAAGUACUACCUUGAGAACAAUUUCGACGCAGAUUUCGCCCUCUCUUGGUUCUGUUGCUAAUUCAACCAACACAACUGAUAGUCGAACGAUUUCUGUAUCUUAUGACCCAUCCAGAUCGUACCCUAGUCAGGAUUUACUUCAUUCCACGUCAAAACAUUUGGAAAAUGCUACCUCACUAUAUGCUGACUCCGCAACUGCGUCACUUAGAACAUCACCUGCUUUUCCCGUAUCAAAUGAAAUUCACACAGUGACUUUAAUUGAAUCUUCAUUAUCUCCAACGGAACUCUUUUCAAACAAAACCUCCUCAAUGAUCGGAUCAAAGUCACUUAGCGGAAACUCGAGCGAGUUGUCAAUAAUAAGGACGUCGUUCUCAGUAGUAGAAUUAUCUUCAGAGAUCCUUCCAACUCUACCACUUUCGGUAACUGUUUCUUUUUCAAAGUCAGAUUCUGUUGUUUCCGAACUGAUAUCUCAAAAUCUGUCCUCUCUCCUUGAUUCUUCUCCGUCUUCCAGUUCAAACGUAAAGCAAACUUCUAGCAAGAAGCAAGAGGUAACAUUGGUCACCAUAGCAGAGACCUCGUCAAGGACCACAAACCAAUCGGUUUCAGUGCAUGAGAGUUCGUCUUAUUUACAUGUAAUAUCAAGCUUUACGACCAGAACGCUGUCUACUUCACACGCGCGUCUAUCAACAGCAACUCUUCCAUUUGGAAAUUCUACUCCAGCAAGUUCGUUUCCCCCUCCAGGAUCUUCCUCUUCCUUGGUUGCAGUCUCCAAAUCGACAUCUGUCAAUUCAUCAAGGGGCUCUGAACUGGCUCUUCCGUCUUCAUCAAAAACGCCAAUGGCAUCUUUAAAAACGCAAAACUCAUCGUUAUUUUCCGCCCUAAUAUCAUCAGCUACCGAACGUAUUACUUCCAGCUUAGAAACUGCCUUAAAAACCUCCGGGAAGCUUGCCUCGAAUUCAAAACUGCAGCCAACGCCAUAUUCAACGCAAACAGUCUCAUUGUACACAAAGAUGGCUUUGGUUAGUUCCACGAUGAAUCCAUCACUUCACAGUCAUUUUUCGAGUGACCUUCUUAUGGUGACGAUAAGUUCGACAGUGAUUAUGUCAUCCACGCAACAAGUAAGCGAGCAUCUGUCGCAAACAAAGAGCUUGAAAACAUUCUCGCCUCAGGAGCCAUCAGAAACAUCAACAUCAUCUACUAAUGCAUCAUUAAUACUUUCAACUUACCUUAAUUUAUCAAACACAGUUCUCGAGUACACAUCGAGUAAAAGUACAGGGCUAACUGUGUCCGCAUCAUUCAGUCUGCAGCAGAGUGGGUUGUUGUCGCAAAUCUCGAGUUUGGAGGCCUCGCGCAGCCUGCAAGUUUUAACAACAGAGGUAACUCUCAAUAUGUCAGAAAUAUCUGCCUCUCGAAUCCAAUCACUGAGCGAAGUUUCAGUUAUUCAGACAAGUUAUUCUGUGUUACCAUCUGCACCCUCACAAGUUACUACAGAACCUAACAAGUCACUGACACAAAUAAGAAGUCUAGAAACGUCACAAACUGAGCGGUUGACGCUUGUUAAUACAUCAGUAAGAUCCUCACAAGUCCAGACAUUUAGUAAUUUUCUUGUCACAAGCUUUACGGCGCUGUCCUCAGCCUCCAAAACAACAAUUUCAAGUCUUUCAAGCGAGGGAAGGCCUGUUAAUACUACCAAGAGUUCUGUAGAGAAAUCGAGAGCAACUCCAGCACUCAGUGUCUCUUUCCAAAGUGUACCACCGACACAAACUACACGUUUAGCUUCGUCACAAACUUCAAAGUAUACAGCAGUGACAUCUAUGAAUGUGUCAGCGACGCCUUCCUCUAAAGGAAAUCUUUCAAGCGAAUUUUUAGUGAUAACCACUAGUCCACAUGUAUUAGAAUCAUCACUUACAGGCCAAAGCACUUCGUUGACGCAUGCCUCCUCUAGACUAGAAACUUCGCAGAAUUUAACUUUUACUUCACGGAGCAUGCAAAACUCGCUAACACUAACAAUGGCGUCAUUAGACGUGGCAACCACAGCCUCAAGCCAACUAAAUAUUUCGAGCAAUAUCUCGAUUUUCUCUGCAAGCGACACAGAAACCUCGACUCUAAUAAAGCCUUCGCCCACAGAACAAUUUGUUUCCAGUUCCGUCAUUACGAUACCGUCAGGCGUCUUUGUGCGUUUUGCUGUGAACGUAUCUCUGAGUACAAACAUAAACAAUGAUUCCUUUAAGGCGCAAAUGAAGACAGGAAUUCUUGCAACAUACGAGAACGGCUCUUCCGAUGGAACAUCAGGAAACAUUACAAUAGAGAUCAUCAGUAUCGCGAGAGAACCAAAUGACACUAAAGUGAAUGUAACUUUUAAAGUUGUCAAUGUAAGUGCCAGUGCCGGUGCCGGUGCCAGUGCCAGUGAGCCAGUUCUUGCUUACAACGUUAUUCAAACUAUGCUUCGAGCAGGUUUGAGACUGGGGGAAGCCGUUGGAUUUGAGGUUGUAGAGGAACCUGCCAUCUUUUAUCCUCCUUCAACCUCGUCGUUUUCAACCAUGGUGAUGAUGUCAACGCUAUCAACGUCUUUAAAAUCAAUAAAUUUCACUUCGGUGGCGAGAGAAUCAAGUGCUAAAUCAACCUUUGAGUCAAGCCCACAUUCAACUGUAAACUCCACAUCGAAGGUUUACACGACACCUUUACAGUCUUACUUGGUAACAUCAACAGACAUCCUACCAAGUACGACUUAUGAAACUAGUACCUUCUUCGGUGUCACAAGCCUAUUGUUGCCAGCAACCUACAUCUCUUCUUCGACCACAAGUCUUCCUUGGUCAGUCUCAUUUGAUGGAAGUUCGACUUCAAACUAUUCAAAAGAACUGACAAUUAUCUCUUCAUCUUCGGUCAUAUUGAACAAAACUUUGUUUACCACUACCUCAAUUUCGUUUCAGUCGGAAAGUUCCAGCUUUCGCGAGACGCCCUAUUUGUCAAGCGUCGAUACAGUUAACCAAAACUCUACAGAUUCGAUUUUUCCAUCAUCAUCAAGUAUCACGUCAAGUCCAACUGUGACUUCAUCCACGUUUAGUGUUCUGUCGCUCAUUAGGGUAAAUGCUAGUGCCCAGUCCAACUCAUUUACAACCUCCCCCGUGAAUAGAACAAGAACUUCAGCUGUAACGAGCUCUACUGAAACAGCAAGCUCUGUAAUUCCAGCUUUUACGACGGUUUCAUUGACGCAAGGAGCCUCUGCUUUCAAGAGUAUGAGUUUCAAUGACAGUUCGAUAACAUUGGGCAUAAUUUCUCCGUCCCCCUCGUCUACUGCAGUGAUGUCGAAUACAACGGUGUUUGGAUCAAUGAUAUCUCCGUCCUUGUCUAUUACGGUGAGCGUCAAUUCAACAGUGGUAAUGAUGACCAAAUCGUUGUCGCCGAAAGCAAGUUUACCCACGCAGUCUGCAAUCAGCCAAAACAUAUCAUUUCUUUCUUCGACUCUAGCAACUACGGACGCACAAGUAACAACCUUGUCACAAGUUGCUAUGUCAAAUCACUCAGAAAGCAGCUCUCAGUCAUCAGUGUUCCUCACCAGAAUAUUUACUUCCAGCUAUUCAGUGGGAAAUGCUAGUGAGACCACAUUGCCCAAGUCUUCGGCGAUAAUAUCUAGCAGCAGACUAACAACCAUUGCUGUAACCUCCUCGAAAAUGUCCCUUCUAGCGUCAUCAUCCACGAGAUUGCGUAUAAAUUCCAGUCACGUUGAGACACUUGCUAUAGCUUCGAGUAAAAUGUCGUCAACUGCACUCAGCACCACUAGCUUUCCCCGUCAUUCAACCUCUCCUUCUUCUGUGAUGGGAGCAAGUCAAACUAAAAGUAUACUAUACAGCUUACCAUUACCCACAUCAAAUGCAUCAGCCAUUGAAUCAGGCACAGCACACGUUACCCCACCGUCAUAUUCAAGUGAGAUCCACAGCUCAAGCGUUGGGACACUUCUGUUCUCGUCAGCGGAGGCUGAUACCACAGUCGUUCGAGUGUCAACAUCUAUAUCGUUGUUGGUCAACACAACUCGUUUCUUAAAGUCUUUAACUUCAAGCGCAUAUAAUACUGCAUUCAUCACUUCAAACAGAAGUAUCGAAGGUAGUACUACCUCUUCACAUGACAUGAGUUCAAGCCCAUCGAUGGUAAAUGUUUCCACAACACGCGGUGUCUCGCAAGUGUCAACGGUGCCAACAGUGACCCGUGUGAACUUAACAACAGAAGUCACACAAGGCAGCUUUAGCCUCUCCAGUCACUUAGCACAAGGAAGCUUAUUGUCUCCUUCGAGAAGUUCAACAAUCACGACACUUCCAAUUAGUAGUGCUAAAUCAAUGACCUCACUAAAUGGUACACAAACUGUCACGCGAGAUCUAUCGUCUGUGACACCAGCAGUAACGUAUGCUGUUUCGAAAUCCACACCCGAGACCUUGUUGAAAACUAGCACAACGGAAAAACAGUUCACAACGGUUGUCACAUCGAUGUUUAGUGACUCGCUCGGUUUUAAAUCCAUUCGGUCCACGGUGACUUUAUUAGCCACCUAUUUAACUUCAGAUGCUUCUGUUGUCGUACCGACAUCCACGCUGCUUAUUCAGCCAAGCAGUAGCUACGGGUUAACAACGUCAACCGCACAACUGCAAACCAAGACAACGACUGAGAGUAAAUACGUCUUAUCUUCUACCUAUUUAGGUUCAGUUUUAACAACAGAAUCGUCCAUCUCCACUGCGAUUCCCGGGACACGCUCUCUCAGCUUGGCGGUGACCACAGAUGUCGUAGAAUCAAGCCUCAUUGAUACUAUGGUUCGUCACUCUGUGAAUUCCUUGUUAACCUCAAAGAGCAGUUUUAUUUCAGUUCAGGCUACAUCUUAUCAUUCCCCUGCUACUACUAUCAAAGUGUCUUCAGAAAAGGACUUCAUCACUUUAUCUCCUAUGACUACAAGUAGUGUCAGUAAGCAGGUAUUGUUCACAAGUGCUGAAGUUUUGUCAUCGACCGAGACUUUCAUUACUUCAAGACGUGUAACACUCGGCUCAGCUUCAUUAACCGCGACGGAUAGUAGUUUGGAGACGUUGCCGCCAAUGUCUCUAAGAGGUUCGAUGUCUUCCCCUAUGAGGGACACAAGCACUUCAAAGAAAUCUUCCAUUGCCACCUCGCUUCCCCACGGCUCCUUCUCGGACCUUUCAUCUCCAAUUCAGGGAGCAUCCUCUCUUAAGAUCGCCACAACAAGGAGAAUCACAACGUUAAUCACGAAGAUGGAAACUACGACAACGAAGAGUUUAAUCACCUCUGAAAAGAAUGCGAAAGCCACUUUAGUGACAGAGACCCCGGCAAGUUCGCUUUCCUCAAGUUUAAAAACACCAGCACUGUCAACGGCUGGACUUUUGAAGAGUACCAUACAGAAGAAAACAUCAAUUACACCAGACGGAAGCUAUUCACCCUCAAAAACUGUUUUGAUUUCCGCAAGUUCAACCACAGAGUUGCCCACUGAACCUGUUCGCCCUACUGCCAAUGCCAAUGAUACUGAAGGGCUUGUUGGUAUUCAGAUACUUGUUCCAAAGAACGAGGAUGAAAAUGUUGACUCCUUCCGCGAGAAAAUCGAAUCACGACUUGCAGAGGCUUUCAGGUGGGGUCAGCGUAAAGGAAGUCAGCGAAAAAGGAGGGACCUGCAACACUUUGACAAGCCUCGUCGUGUUCACUUUAACGCCAGAACUGAUUUUCAGUUGAGAAAGAGAGGGAAUUCGUUUCAAUUGGACAAUGAACGAGGAAAACGGUUUAGGAGAGAAGUUGAUAACAUUACUGUAUUGGUGGAAACCAUUAGAAGAGCGGAAGCAAUUGUAGGAGAGGAACUCGUCGACAUAGAAUACCGAGUUUUCAAUGGCCCCACUAUGUUAUCUGCGGAAAGUGUUGUGGAGACAAUGAACAGACUAAGCGAAGCUGAGAUGGUUUCCACUCUGGAAUAUGGGGUCACGUUACGACCUUAUGUAAUUAAAAAGACGCAGACUGCAGUGCCUACAGUACCACCUACUAAAGCCGACUUAGACUGGGCCACUAUCAUUCCUGCUAUUGCUGUUUCUUCAGCAGUUCUGCUGUUUCUUUUAUGUGCCUGUCUAUGGGUCAGGUGUGCUGGAAGAAAGAAAAGACAGCAGAAAAAAGUAAAUCCUUUUAAGGUCAACAUAUCCAGUUCAAGCAGCAGUGAAGAUUCGAUAAAAGGCCCCAAACUUCCUGAUACGGAUUACUCUCCAUAUGUUACUCUAACCAAACCUAAUCAGUGGCACAGAAGUAAGACCGUCAGAGAUACCUCCAAGGAACUUACAGUGUCAAACGGACACGUCAAAAGAGAAAACCAUGUUAAGAGUUCAAAAGAUACCCACGAAACAAUAGAGAUGGAGCAAUUAGCAGGAGUGAUAGAGAACAUUCCACAGUUCAGAGAUGAGAAGCUUCUGUACGGCAGUCAUGGUCGCCAAGAAAAGUCUUUACGUUACACGCAACUUCCUCCUCUCGUGAAGACACCUUUGGUUGGAAAGGAUCCCUCUGAUCCAGAGAAAUUAACAGAGCUAAAAAAAGAAAAGCAAAGAAUCAUUGAUGAAUCAGGAGUACCGCAGGCAAACGUAGAAAGAUGGAGAAAUAAAAUGCUGCAUCGAGAGAAACUCCGUCAAGACAUGAGGGAAAAAGAACGAGAAAAGGAUAAAAAGUUGAAGAGACUGGAAAAAGAAGAAAGACUGGAACCGGAUAAAGAAAAAUCAGAGGACCGUCCAACAACACCUCGAAGUCUUACAGCAGAACGUAAGCGAAGAUCUCGUGUAGACCGUUGGCGAAAAAACAAAGUUGGAACCUCAAGCUCGAAGGGCACGAGCAGUAGCAGCAGCAGCAGCAGUAGUGAUUCAGAGGAAAAGAAGAAAGACGAGGAAGCCGAAGAAAAAAAGAGGAAACAGAAGGAAAAAGAGAAAAGAAGGAAAGCAAAGGUGCCGCCUCUCGCGAUUGGCCAAGCUGCUCGAGAGGCAGCACGAGAAACAGCUUGGACAAUCAGAGAAACUCCUGGUGUUCGCCUCGUGUCUGUCAGGCCGCACAAUGAGGGAUGGCAACCACAAGCACCUGAGUCCACGCCCACGCCGGUGUAUGAAGUGCCUCAGACACAUCAGGUUUCGCCCCGCCGUCAGCAAAGAGAUCGAGUCCAUUAUCUGCUGGAAACAGGGUACCCAGUCUGGCCCCUGAUGACAACUCCUCUUGUACAACCCGAAUAUCCAGAGGAAGAGGUUCAGUACGAGGAUAUGGAAGGUUUGGAUCCAUAUAUUCCUCAGUAUGAUCAAGAAAUACAUGUUAAUGGAGACACCAUCCCAAGCGUUCGCCCACCAGAACCACGGGAAGCCUUUGGUGACUCAAACUUUUACGACGACGAAGAACACAUUUACACAGAACCAAAUUUAACUCCUGCGUCACUUCCCCAUACACGCCUUGUGAACCCUCGUCAAAAUCAAACACGUCCACUGAUUCCUACACAGUAUGCACAUGGAUAUGUGGCAAGGCCGGCAGUGUCUAGAGGCCGUCCAACGUCCGCUUCACAACAGCCCGGAGCUUCCAGGUCUGUUGGAUUGGGAAGGCCAACUUCCGCCAGGACAGACCCUGCAAUGCCUCGUUAUGCACCUUCACCACUGCGCUCGUCGCCGCCCAAUCGCAAUGUGGUUUCGUUACCGGGUUCCAGAUACUUGCCAGGUAAUCGUCCUACAGUCGCCAACGCAGCUCAACCCAGCAUUGGUACGUCUCCGCGUUACAUGGUUGAUCCUGAACGGAGACAGGAACCUCCCAGCUCCUUCGACAGUGCGCGUAUGAUCCUAGCUAGAGCUAAAUCGAACCUCGACCGUUUCGAAGAAGACAGUAGAAUCAACGACUCACGUGAAACCGGUCCACCACCUACUUCAGAGCUUGUACAUUCCACACCGCAAAAGAAGAUACAGCCUCACGCUCAACCAGUCAGAGGGCAAAGUCGAUUUCCAUCGCAGCAGGAAGUUUAUCCUAUUCGUAACUCCCGAAUGGAGGUGUCUGCAAGGGAACGUGCUGAGCUGGAGGCGCAACUGCUGGUGUCUCGCGCUUUAGCUCGGGCCAGAGCAAACAAAAUGACGACUGCAAAACAACAAGGAAGCACCUUAAGUAUGCUUGAUCUUGUCAAAAAACGUAUCACCCAUCAUGCAGUCAAACCGAAAUACAAGAAAAAGACCAACAAAGAUAGCAGUAGCAGCAGUAGCAGCAGUUCAAGUAGUUCAGUAGAGUCUAAAAAGAAAGACAGCAAAUCUAAAGAUAAAAUGAAAAAGAAGCCAUUCGGCAAACAAGCCAUUGUGCGGCCUCUUCCGUCUACGCCUCCUGGUGCUCAAACAAAGAUUUGUCUAUAGUUACAGAAUAUCCACCUAUGAUAGAUAAGAUAAAGAAUAUAAUGCUAAGUUUAGAGAAAAAUGGAUAUUAUGAGGCAAAAAUAUAAUUAUUAUAGACGAGCUAUUUGUUUAUGCAUUACGUCGUUCAUCUGUUGGCUUCUAGCUUUGUGCCUCUAGUUUGAAAAAUCGAUCAUGGAUAAAAGUUCUAUCUUCCAUCUCCUGCACCCUUAAAGGAAAGCUAAAAGGGUGUUAACCUGUGUUUUGUUAUUGUUGUUGUUUUUUUCUCAAUGUCCGUGCUCGUUCUGAAAACAACUUUUACAGCGGCUUCCUCUGUUAAGUUACCCUCUUCCCCUACAGGAAAGAGUUGUAGCAAAUGCGGUCUUUGGCAGAGAGGUAAAUUGUGGAGUAUAGACUAUUAAAUAUUUACCCUUGACUGCA